UUGCACGAGAAUCCACAGUCUUUUUUAUCAAUCCGUCCCGUUUACAUCAAAAAUGUACGCUAAAGUGUUAAUUUUGGCAGCUGCUGUCAUCGCGGUGACAGCGAGAGACGAUUUAGGAGUCAGAUACGCCAUGAGGAUAUACGAGGAUUGUCAACGGAGUGACGGGAUUAUUCCUUGCUUGAAGAAGAAGGCGAUACUGUUCUUCGAUAGAGCAGCGAGAGCAGAGGCGAUUCCUUUGGUGGAUGGAGUGGAAAUUGUGAAGACAUCAGAAUCGGAGGUGAAACCAAUCAGUGAGAAUGACAUAGAGUCGAAUUUGCCAAGGAAUUUAGCAGACAAGAAUGAAGCUUUGACAGAUAUGCUGUGGGACAGGAUUGCGUCCUUUGCCAACUCCAGGACGAUCCAACUGUCACUUCCUAAGAUCACAGGACAGGACCUCAACAAGGGCGUCGAAGAAGGGCGAGGCAAGAUGAAGAAGAUGAUGAGCAUGAUGAUGAUGGGCGGCGCGAUGAAAAUGGCGGCCAUGAUCCCACUGGCCAUCGCUGGGCUGUUCGUGCUUGCAGGAAAGGCUUUAUUGGUCUCCAAGAUCGCGCUCCUCCUAGCUGGUAUCAUGGCCCUCAAGAAGCUCAUGUCAGCUAAAGGCGGCAGCAGCGGCCAUGAAAGCCACGGCUGGUCCUCCGGAAGCGGUGGCGGUGGCGGUUGGGACCGCAGAACCUACAACGACGUCUCAGAUCUGGCUUACUCAGCUUACAAGAAAGACUAAGCUGAAUAAGCUAGGCUAUAAUAAGCUUAUUAUUACAAACUAGCCUAUACAAGCGAAGCGAGCUAAUUGGACUUAUAAUUCUAAAAGAUAGUAAGUUUAAUUUAGCUUUUCCAGCUUUUUAAAGCUGUAAGAUUCAAGCUUUCGUGAGCUAGAUUAAUAGAUAAGCUUAUUAUUAUAAGCCAGUAAAUUUUUAAGCUUGUUGAUACAAGAUAGAUUAAUUUAUAGGCUUAAUGAUACAGGCUAUACAAAAUACGGCUGUAAAUUUUAAUUGUUCAAAAAGUUAAUGCGUUCAUUUUUUUUCAUUUGAUAAAAACAAUGCCAUUUACCAUUCUUGUUCGCUAAAAUAAAAGUUAGAAAAUCGCUAGAGGCCUGAAGAUUUUAAGUACAUUAAUUUUUCAUGAUAUUUUUUGAAAAUUGAUCCACAGGGUCAAUACCUAGUACUUUUUAUUAAAAGACCUUAUUUAUUCUAGUAAUAAGACGUUGUAAUAUAGUUUAAUUUAUUUAAUUUAUUGAAAACCUGUGCCUGAAUACUCAUUAAUUUGUAAAGUUAUUUUUGUAAUUAAUGAUAGUGGGUGAAUGUCGUUAAUUUUGUUUUGUUACUUUUUGUUUGUUUUUGUUUAUGUUUUGUUACUUUUUCUCUUGUUUUGUUGUUUUUAAGUUGAAUAUAAUUAUGUUGGGCAUAAAUGUCUGUGGUACUGAUACGAAAAUGCAUUUCUUUUUUGUAGAUUGAAAGUUUUAAAU